UCUAGCCUGGGCAACAGAGCAAGACUGUGUCUCAAAAAAAGAAAAAGAACUGUGCAAGCUUCUCACCCACUACAUGCUCACAUUCUGUCCUGCCUGGUUUUCUUUCUGUGUAGAUUUUGUCCAUCAUGCUGUACUCGUCAAAAAAGGAGAUCAACACUUUGGCCGAGCAUGGAGACCUGGAGCUGGACGAGCGAGGGGACCCAGAGGAAGAGGUAGAGCGGCCAGUCAGCAGCCCUGGUGACCCGGAGCAGAAAAAGCUAGACCCUCUCGAGGGCCUGGACGAGCCCACCAGAAUAUGUUUCUUGAUGGCUCACGAUGCCCUCAACGCCCCUCUGCACAUUCUCCGCGCCAUAUACGAACUGCAGAUGAAAAGGACCGAUUCUUUCUUCCUGGAGGUUCAGAAGAGGUUUGAUGGAGAUGAGCUCACCACCGAUGAAAGGAUACGGUCCCUGGCUCAGAGGUGGCAGCCCAGUAAGAGUCUGAGGCUGGAAGAGCAGAGCGUCAAAGCUGUGGACACGGACAUGAUUAUCUUGCCAUGCUUGUCCCGGCCUGCACGCUGCGACCAAGCCACUGCUGAAUCGAACCCAGUGACCCAGAAGCUGAUCUCCAGCACGGAGAGUGAGCUGCAGCAGAGCUACGCCAGGCAGCGCCGUAGCAAGAGCGCCGCCCUGCUGCACAAGGAGCUGAACUGCAAGAGUAAGAGAGCUGUCCGGGACUACCUCUUCCGAGUGAAUGAGGCCACAGCCGUCCUGUACGCCCGCCACGUGCUCGCAUCCCUGCUCGCCGAGUGGCCCGGGCAUGUGCCAGUGAGCGAGGACAUCCUGGAGCUCAGUGGCCCUGCCCAUAUGACCUACAUUUUGGAUAUGUUCAUGCAGCUGGAAGAAAAGCACCAGUGGGAAAAGAUCCUGCAGAAGGUGCUCCAGGGCUGCCGAGAGAAUAUGCUGGGGACCAUGGCCCUGGCUGCCUGCCAGUUCAUGGAGGAGCCGGGAAUGGAGGUGCAAGUGAGGGAAUCGAAACACCCGUAUAACAACAACACCAACUUUGAGGAUAAAGUCCACAUUCCUGGUGCCAUCUACCUCUCGAUCAAAUUCGAUUCUCAGUGCAACACAGAGGAAGGCUGUGACGAGCUAGCUAUGUCCAGUAGCAGUGACUUCCAGCAGGAUCGACACAAUUUCAGCGGGUCUCAACAAAAAUGGAAAGAUUUUGAGCUUCCAGGAGACACUCUGUAUUACCGCUUUACCUCCGACAUGAGCAACACCGAGUGGGGCUACAAAUUCACUGUGACGGCUGGACACCUGGGGCGCUUCCAGACAGGAUUCGAAAUUUUGAAGCAGAUGUUGUCAGAAGAAAGGGUUGUGCCUCACCUCCCGUUGGCAAAAAUCUGGGAAUGGCUGGUGGGCGUGGCCUGUCGCCAAACUGGUCACCAGCGACUAAAAGCCAUCCACUUACUUCUGAGGAUUGUGCGGUGCUGCACCCACAGUGACCUUUGUGACCUUGCACUGUUGAAGCCCCUCUGGCAGCUCUUCACCCACAUGGAGUACGGUCUGUUUGAGGACGUGACACAGCCCGGCAUCCUCCUCCCCCUGCACCGCGCCCUCACUGAGCUCUUCUUCGUGGCUGAGAACCGCGCCCAGGAGCUCGGCUUGCUGCAGGACUACCUGCUGGCCUUAACCACGGAUGACCACCUUCUCCGCUGCGCAGCACAGGCUCUGCAGAACAUUGCUGCCAUCAGCCUGGCCAUCAACUACCCAAACAAGGCAACGCGACUCUGGAAUGUCGAGUGUUAGCCCUCGGUGUGGCGUGCAUGGGACUAGCUAAUCUGUCCACAGGGAUUUUAGAGCAGACAUCUAACUUCAUUCAGGAAAACUCCUGUGGUGUCAGUGCCCAGCUCUCCUCGAGCUCACUCCACUCCAGUUAGGACGCCAAGCAAGCACGUCUCCAGAAACCCCCUGUGCACAGGCCAGACACGUGCACAUGCCGUAGCACGCGAGAAGCAGCAAAGCAAUGCAGGAUGACUCAGAAAGGGCAGGCUAGAGGCCCUUGGGAAGGUUGUUCAGAGACCAGCCUUCUCCAGGGUCUGUCCUUGCAGAAGCGACAGGCCCAGGAAGACUUGGAAGCAGCCUCUCUGGAAAGGACUCGGUCGCGGCUGAGCUGGAACUGCUGGCACCGUCGGAUGAAGGUACAUUCCCCUUAGCCACGUUUCUCAGCAAGACCUCCAGCAGCGGUGCCUGGCCUGGGGGCUCCUCUCUGCCUUUGCUUCUUGUGACUGGUAAUCCAGACACACCGAAACAGGCGAGAGCCCCUCCUGGCAGCACUGACCCAAGCAGUGGGUCCAGGACCAGGUGAUGAGCUCGCUCCCGGCGCGGCCCGCCACCCCUGAGAACUCCUUGGUGAGAACAAGUGCCCUUGGGAACAGCCGCAGGCCGCCCUGUGCGUCUGCUCACACGUCAGCUUCAUCCGCGUUUUUUUUAGUUUUUGUCUUAACAUAUUUCAGUUUCCACUUCAUUUUUUUAGAACAGAACCACAUUGACUCCCUUGAGACGGCCUCAGGGGAAUGGCCAAGGGACUGGUCAUUCAGGGGACAAACUGGAUUGUGUGAAAGUGGCAGAACCUAAGGAAUACUCUCUAGCCUCUGUACCUAAAGACUUGAAGAGUUCUCACAGGAGAUCUUAGAAGAUCUUAUUUUAAGAGUUUAAAAAAGAAAACCCUAUGAUUUUAUUUCUGCUUGAUAGUCAUGGUAAUCCGUCACAUCCACCUCUGGGACUCUGCGUGGUUAUUUGGCUGUCACUUGUCUAGCAAUAACUACGUUAGUUCUAGUGAUGCUGUUUUACAUUUUCCUUUUUAUGGUUUUAGUCUUGCCCUGAAGUGCUGAUUAUCACUCGCUCCCCAGAGCCACACUUCGGAGCGGGAAGCUGGGUUGGCACGUGAGCCAUGCCCCAGCCUUGGUGGGACUUGUGGGAAGGGAGAAUGCCUUUGAGGAUGGGUGUCCGGGCCAGAAGCACGUCCUGCCGCACAGGGCCAAACUCAAGGAAGGGUCAUCACAGCCAGGGCCAAAGCUGACCAGCUCAGCAUUGCCGUGGCCCAGCCUGCCCCUUGGCCUCUCAAGACCCCUCGGCAGGGUCUGCGGGGGUCCGCGUAGGAAGGGCCCGCACCUGCAGGGCUGGGAGCAUCUUCUGGAGCGUGCUUUUGCCCUCUGGGUCAGGAGGCCACGACUUUUGCAGCCCUAGAGUAGGUUCUCAGGCAAACCCUGGGGUGCAGGUGGAACCGUCUUGCAGCGGGAGGGGGCAUGAGUCAAAGGAACAAAUGGGGCGGUGGGUCCUGAACUUCAGUGACCUAAAGCCACACCCUGAUGCCAGGGGGGGCCUGGCCUGCUACCCCUAGUGCUGGGACGUGAGGAGGCAGGUGCUGUGGCUUGGACAACCCUUUUCCCAUCUUUUGUUCUUUGCCAAACCGAGUGCGCUUUGCCAGAUGCCUGUACCCCCAGAGAAGCCCCGCAUCCCUGCCACUCAGACCCCAGUGGGUCUCACAGAGGGGAGUUUCCCAAGAGGGGACUUGCAGAAAGCGGGAAAGAGGCCCCGCUGCGGGCUCGGCCCCACUGACGGACGUUCUGGAAGAUAGAUGAGCAGGUGGUGCCACCCACGCCCCUCCACACCUCAGACUGACUCAAGUCAAGCGGGGCAGACAGCAGGGCAGGGCAGGGGUCACUCCCCGUGGCAGCGGCUGCCAGCUCUGCGCCCCACUCCCCUCCAGGAAGGUCGGUUGUAAAUAAAGCCUGGGCUCUUCACAGCUUCUCUCCACACACCGCCCUCGCCAUUCUGGUCUCUGCACUUCGGUUUGUGUAGAGCAAGUCUAAGCUUUCCCUCACACUCCUCGGCUGCGCCUUUCUGCCAGGGCCCCGCCUCCUCUGCUUCCGGCCGGGGUGGCGCUGCCAAGCCAGGCCCAGCUCCCCUCCCGGUCCCCACCGGGAGCAGCCGUGUCCCAAAGGAUUUCCAUAGAGACCCUUCUUAGGAGGCAGGACUGCCUGGAGUGAGACAGCCGGCAGGAACAAAGGUGUCGUGGAAACAUGUGCCUAAUCUAUAAAGAAAUCCUGUUCCAAAUCGUAUAUAUUGUACAGACAGACACUGUUCCUAACGAGAGGAGUGACGUAUUUUCAUCACCGUUUUUAAUUUGUUUUCUUACGGGUUUACGAUUUUGAAUUUUUCUUAUUUGGUUGAAAGAAAGAAUUUUGAUUAUAUCCGCUGAGUGAGUUCAGCCUGUAAAAAGGAUGUUAAGUUGUGAGUAAAAUAUGCAAAUGAAGAGAAAUAUAUUGUACAAAUUCUAUAUAAAAAGUA